GCACGUCAUGUUGUCCUCUGAUGCCUUAGGUCAACGUGUGUUGAAUGUGCAUAACAUGCCGCUGUAGAUCAGCCUAUGUUGUUGUAGAUUGAAGUUAAAUUAUAAAGAAAUUUGUAACAGCACAAUAUGUCUGCCUUCAGCAGGAGUGCGGUUGUGUUUUUGCGCUGUGUUAGAAGACAACAGUUAUCAUGUGUGGAAUACAUUAGAUCUGCGCAGUUUACAGCAGUAGCACGAGCUCAAAGAAAUCAUUCCUGGUCAGCGAGAUGUUCAGAAAACUACAAAAACAAACUGAUCUGGACAUCAUACCAACGAAAUCUGUCUUCUGAGGCACCAUCAAAAGAGGAUGAGUACCCACCUUUACCAGAAUACACCCCCGCUAAAGAGGUCCAGGCGAAGGAAGUGUUCGUCAUCCGGGCCAGGGGUCUACCUUGGUCGUGUACUGCAGAAGACCUGAUGAACUUCUUUUCUGAUUGUAGGAUACGUGGUGGAGCUCAAGGAAUCCAUAUAAUCCACAACAGGAACGGCAGGCCGACUGGACAGGCGUUCAUUGAGUUAGAGCACGAGGAGGAUGUUGGCAAAGCAUUAGAUCGGCAUAAACAAUACCUAGGGCAGCGCUAUGUUGAAGUGUAUGAGGUCACAAACAGUGAUGCUGAUGCCAUCUUGAAGGCUACAGAAGAAAGUUCAGAGUCAAAUGGGGUGGUCCGACUGAGGGGUCUUCCUUUCAGCUGCACAGAGAAAGAUAUUAUUCAAUUCUUCUCUGGGUUGAAGAUUGUGGAAGAUGGAGUUACAGUAGUCCUGAACAGGAGAGGUAGAAACUCAGGUGAUGCUUUUGUGCAAUUUGCCACAAAAGAAAUGGCAGAGAAAGCCCUUGAGAGAGACAAAGAGGUCAUGGGAAACAGGUACAUUGAGGUUUUCCCAAGCAGGAAAAGCGAAAUUCAGGCACAGUAUGGAAGAGGGCGAAAUGACAUGUCAGAAACCACGGCAGGUCCUGUGGAUACAACCACAUUACGCAAGGCGAAAACUGCAUACAGUAGCCCUGUGUCAACUACACAUCAGAAUUCAUCUAAGCCUGAUAACCUUAUCCACAUGAGAGGGUUACCCUAUGAAUGUACUGGAGAGGACAUUGUUAAGUUUUUCUCUCCCAUCAGACUGGACAGGGUUCUUAUAGAGUAUGGUCCUAAUGGACGACCCACUGGUGAGGCAGCCGCCUACUUUACAACACAUCAAGAUGCAGUAGCAGCCAUGUCCAAAGACAGAGAGUAUAUAAUGGAGCGAUAUAUUGAGUUGUUCCUGAAUUCAUCACCAUCCAUGGAGAAGGAAUAAGAUAACAGUGAACUUUUUUUAAACUGUCAUGUAACGUUAAGGUCAGUUGUAAUAAACAUUAAAAGAGAUGUGUUACUAAA